UCUCCUUCCAUCCAGGAUUCCAGGCAAGAGUUUUGUUUACAGCAAAUUCCAAGAAGAACCUCACUAUGAGCUGCGCAGACCAUAAGGACUACCACGAUGAGGAGCUUGAUCCCUGUUGUCUCUUUGACACGUACGGUGGGGAUGAUAAGACCAUUUCUAAGAAGGAGCUGCUGGAAGAUCCUCUGAGAUUUCUCUAUAAAUUAUUCUCCUCAGGUUCUGUGAAGGGAGAAAUGUUGAUUAAUAUUUCAAUUGGCGCCUCAUUGUCCGUAAACUUUGUUGCCGCUGAUUUCUUCAAAGAUAUUAUUAUGCUGGAAUCUUCAGACUGCUGUAUAAAAGCUAUAGAGAGCUGCUUGAGAAAUGAACCUGGAGCUGUAGAACAAUCCCACGUCGUAGAGUUUGUUUGCUCACUUAAAGGGCAAAGUACGGAGUGCAAGAAGCAAGAAGAAAAAACCAGAAGGGUGAUCAAACAAGUAGUAAAAUGGGACAUCACCAAUGAGAACCCAUUGGGUAAAGUUGUGUUGCCCCAAGCAGAUUGUAUAGUCAUUACUUAUUACUUGGAGCUAGUUAGCAAAGAUCACAAUAUGUAUAUAAACCUUCUAAAGAAAUUGUUAUCCCUUCUGAAGAUUGAAGGUCACCUGGCCAUGGUGGCAUUGAUCAACAUCUCUUAUUACAUGGCCGGCCAACACAAGUUUGGUGCACUGAAGUGUAACGAAGAUUUUAUACAAAAGGCUCUGACGGAAGCCGGGUGUAGUAUCCUGAGCUCUGAUACUCACAAGAGUAAAUUUGAAUCAGCUUUGUCCGAUUAUGAAUCAAUUGCCCAUUUUGUGUGCCGUAAAGACAGGGUGGUUUAACUGUUCAGAUUCGUACCCAGUUGUCAUUAUAUUCUCUCAUUAAUCUUGAAUUAGAUUAGCUUUAUUAUAUCUGCUCUUAGAUUUGUGUCCCUAAUGCAUAAAAUAUUCCCAAUUUAUGUGAUUUUAUAAGGCUGACAUCAUCGUCAUCAUCAAUAGUGAAAAAUAAAAAUGAUUGGUCUUGAAAACAAUGGGUAAUAUUGUGUGAAUCUGUAUUAUUUUGAGAAAAAAUUGACAGGAAAUAGUGAAUGGAUCAAAAUGUGCUUCCAUGGGAGAGGUCACUUCCUGUUACACAUGGAAAAGUUUGUACUUCCUUUGUGAGAAAAAAAUGCAACACUUACUAUUUGCUUUAUGGCAGGGAUCUUACUAUAAACAACAAGCUUCUUCUGAUGUGUUGCGUGAUUGACCCAGAUAUAUUCUGUAUAAUUUAUUGAACAAAAAUAACCCACGGGUCCCUUUUUCCCACCAACAAUUGUUUCUCUUGUGGAAUAAUUAUUCUAACCUUUAGUCAUAUAUUUGUCAUAUAUAGGUUGUGUGUGCUGGGUUUACUUGGAUGGGUUGAACUUGAUGGACUCUGGUCUUUUUUCAACCCUAUGUAACUAUGUAAAUUUAGCUUCCUAUUUACUUAAGACAUUGUGGCUGGUCCAAUUAUAUCCAUUAGAGACAGACAUGAAAUAAUGCAGCUGUGUGUUCCCUCAUAGAUCCCCUGACAGGAAAUAAUGCAGCUGUGUGUUCCCUCAUAGAUCCCCUGACUAUGCAGCUAUGUGCUCCCUCAGAGACGACAUGACCAGAAAUAAUGCAGCUCUAACUGUAACAGGAAGUAGUAUGGAAGCAAAAGGCAGAACUCAGAUCCCAGGGGGCGGCCCUUAAUUCUUAAAAUGGCAAUUUUCUCUGCCACUUCAAAAAUCUGUUCUGUUACUCACCAGCCCCUUGGAUGUUGAAGUAAAGUAGGUGCUUAUUUUUGAAUUUCUG